GCUACCAGUACUGGAUGCCAGCUAGGAGGGGGUACCAGAAUUAUGCCCCUCAGACUUACCACUGCUUGCCCGUAGGGGCCAGACAGUGUAGCACUGCACCAAAGACAUAAAUUAUUGAAUAGGAAAUGGCACAGCGAAGCCCCAUCUUUCCGACACUUGGUCCUACUGAAAGACGGAUUCGAAAUAUACCACUCCAUAGCCAGGCUUUGACAGCAGUUCCAUUAGCAUCUGCGAGUCUAGUGGAUCAGCUAGAAGACAGAAUUCUAAGCCAUGAGAAAACAACCGCGGCCCUUGUGGAACACGCGUUUCGCAUUAAGGAGGACAUUGUUUCCACUCUGCAUAGAAUGCAGAACAAAGGGGGAGGAGAUCGGUUGGCUAGGCAACUCUUAGAAGAACACAUCCGAAACAUAACUGCAAUAGUGAGGCAGCUUAAUCGGGACAUUGAGACGCUUCAGGAACAAAUACGUGUCAGAGAUAACCUCAGCUAUGGAACUAAUUCUACCCUGAAGAGUUUGGAAAUGCGGCAACUCUCUGGUUUGGGAGAUCUUCGGGGGAGGGUUGCAAGGUGUGAUGCUGGUUUGGCCCGACUGUCUGCAGAGCAUAAGAUUACAUAUGAAAGACUUCAGAGCUUGAGCAAAGACCAACAAGCUUCUAAAAUGAUCUUAGAAUCAAAAAUCAAAGAGGCAGAAAUACAGAUUUCUCACCUUCUGAGUCGAGUAGAGCAGUCAAUAAUGCAGCAAGAAGCAAAGCUUAAGUUUGCAUACAAAGAAAGCAACCAACAGCUCCACCUUCUGGACACAAAAUUAAAAAAUGCAGUUGAGGAAUUGAGCACCCAGAUUUUGUCCGCACGUACCUGGCUGGAACAGGAACAUCAGCGGAUUGAAAAAGAUCUUUUACAGAAAAUUGAACAACUGUCAUUGACCAUUAAGGAAAACACUGAAAUGAGUGAAAGUGCCAUUGAGAUGAAAUUCAGCCAGCUCUCAGUGAAACUUGAUAAAAUAGAAGAAAUCCAAAAAAUAACUAUGGAAGCACAUGGAACAAAACAGACUGAAGAUAAAACAAAUGUUCGAAUCAGCAAGCUUCAAAAUGAAAUUAAUGAAGAUAUAAAAGAAAUGAAAGCUGAAGUUAAUGCCGGCUUUGCAGCUAUCUACGAGAGCAUUGGGUCCCUGCGGCAGGUUUUAGAAGGUAAAAUGAAACUUGACAAGGAUGAACUACAGAAACAGAUUCACCAAAUGAAGCAGGAAAUACCAACGUGGGGAGAAUCAGGUCCAUGA